AAGUUCCUAUUUACAGCAGGGAUUGUUCCUUUAAGAAACCGCGUCAUCCGCCGGAGCACGCUUGUCGAUGACGUCACCGCACUCCCGGCAUGCACGCUGGAAGUCCAAUUAUUGCUAAUGGCGGGUAUUUGUACCGAACAUGCUUCUGUGGAGCUACCGCUCGCUAACUGUGCAUAGUAACACGGAACUCGGCAUGUCAAACUAGUUUUCAGUCGCGCGCUUCCGAAAGCUCCGCCGAGGACGAACUAGGAGAAGGACUCGAGGACACACGGGGACUGUUGUUAUUGUCAUCAUGAGGCUGCCGUCUCCGAGACGGAGCAGGAAGACGACGGCGUGUGUGAUCUGAGGAACCCGAGGAGCCUCAGUGGCGAUGUUAGCCGCUCACCUGGACGAGUCGAGAGCCUCGACCUCGUGACCACUGCGCCUCCGUCCGCGAACUUUAAUAGGACCGAGGACGUUUAGCUAGCGCUCGAACUCUGUCCAUUCAUCCGACCGUUAGCCGAUAGACCCCCCCCCCCGAGCGGAAAUGGUUUCCUUACUGGUGCUGGUGCUUUUAAUAACUGUCUCUGAAGUUCACUGUAGCUCCAAACUAAAUAUUCCCAAAGUGCUGCUCCCGCUGACCAGAAGCACGAGGAUCAACUUCACACUGGAAACGACCGAGGGCUGCUACAGAUGGUCAUCCACCAGACCAGAGGUAGCUCGUAUCCAGGCUCUGGAUGAAGUGAGCGGCAGUGGCUGCUCCAGGAGAGCCGUUCUCCAGGCUCUCUCUACGCAGCCCUCGAGACUGACCAGCAUCAUUCUGGCUGAAGAUGUUGUUACAGGACAGGUACUCCGCUGCGAUGCCAUCGUCGACAUCAUCAGUGAGAUCCAAGUAGUAUCGACCACCAGAGAGCUGCAUCUCGAGGACUCACCACUGGAACUCAAAAUUCAUGCACUGGACUCUGAAGGAAACACCUUCAGCACCCUUGCAGGUCUAGUGUUUGACUGGACCUUAGUGAAAGAUGUAGAUGUGAAUGGAUUCUCUGACUCUUACAAUUCAUUACGGGUACUUAAAUUCUCAGAGUCCACGUACACACCCCCUGGGUACAUAUCUGAAAUGGAGCGUGUUGGGAAACAGGGCGAUAUUAUUUUGGUGUCAGGACUAAAAACAGGACAUGCCAAGUUGAAAGCCAAAAUACGAGAAUCAUUAUAUAAGGAUGUGGGUGCUGCAGAGGUGAGACUGCUGAUUUUAGAGAACAUCCUGCUGAGUCCUGCACAUGAUGUCUACUUGUUGGCGGGAACUUCCAUCCAAUACAAAGUCCUGAAGAUAAGACAGGGCACCAUCGCAGAGCUCUCCAUGCCUUGUGAUCAGUAUGAGCUGCACCUUCAGAACAGUGUGGUUGACACGAAUGGAAACCCAGAUGUUGCUGUGGCCAGUCUGGCUCAAAGCAUCUCCACAGUUACGGCUGUUCAGCUGGGACACAUCAACGUGGUGCUGGAUCACAAGAGCCUUCGAAUGCAGGGAGUGUCUCGUCUCCCCAACAGCACUCUGUAUGUGGUUGAACCAGGCUACCUAGGCUUUCAAAUUCAUCCAGGAGACAGCUGGGUGCUGGAAACAGGCAGAGUGUACGAUAUCUCCAUCGAAGUAUUUGAUAAAUCCAGCAACAAAAUUUACCUCUCGGAUAAUGUCCGUAUCGCUGCUGACUUUCCCGCCGAGUACUUUGAACUCCUGGAGUCUUCACUGAAUGGAUCAUACCACCGUGUCCGAGCGCUCCAAGAAGGCCUCACUCUCUUCGAGGCUACCCUCAGAGCUGUUGUGGAUGAAAGUGGAAAUGUCCAUGCACUCGCCAACCCAGUCCACAAUGAACAGGAUGUGGAAAUCUAUAACCCAAUAGUCCUGAGUCCCAGUAUUCUCACCUUUCCAUGGCAGCCCAAGGUUGGAGCGUAUCAGUACACAAUAAAGGCGACGGGAGGGAGUGGAAAUUUCAGCUGGUCUUCCUCCAACACAGCUGUCGCCACGUUGACCGUGAAAGGAGUGAUGACAACAGUCAGUGACAUUGGCGUCAGUGUAGUUUACGCUCAUGAUCUACGCAACCCACUGCACUUUGGUCAAAUGAAGGUUUACGUUGUGGAGCCCGUGGCCAUGGACUUUGCUCCUUGCCGGGUAGAGGCUACAGUGGGUCUGGUUCUGGAUCUGCCCCUCAGGAUUUUCGGGCUGCUGGAGGAGGCGGAGAAAGAGCGAGUUAUGUUGAGUGACUGCUCCCACUUUGACCUGCAGGUUGAGGAGGAGAGCCACGGUGUCUUUCAGCUGCUAGACGGGAGGCUGGCUCCAGGCCAGGACCACUGCAGUGGGGUGAGAGCCAAGGCCCUGGCCCCUGGGUUCACCAUGAUCACUGUCAGCUACACCCAUGGCAACGUUCACCUCAGUGCCAAGAUCACCAUCGCUGCCUAUCUUCCUCUCCGAGCUGUUGACCCUGUAUCUGUGGCUGUGGUGACUUUGGGGUCGUCUAAAGACAUGUUGUUUGAGGGCGGGCCACGCCCUUGGGUUUUAGAACCCUCAAAGUUCUUCUGCAACUUGAUCGCUGAGGAUGAGACCAGUGUGAGCCUGACUCUGACUGGUCCCUCAUCUCACAACUAUAACCAGCAUGGGGUCAGAGCAACAUGCAGGGUCCUGGGAGAACAGGUUCUGCAAGUGAUGGUGGGGAACAAGGCCAGUGUAACUAAUCCUUAUCCUGCCAUGGAGCCAGCAAAGGUCAAGUUUGUAUGUGCUCCUCCGUCCCGCCUCACCUUGGUCCCUGUGUACACCAGCCCACAGCUGGACCUGACCUGCCCGCUGCUGCAGCAGAACAAACAAGUGGUACCUGUAUCAAAUUACCGAAAUCCCAUUUUGGACUUGGCUGCUUUUGAUCAACAAGGAAGGAAGUUUGACAACUUCAGCUCUCUGAACAUGUUGUGGGAAUCGACGAAGGUGUUGCUGGCCAGUAUUGAACCCACGAUGCCAAUGGAGCUUAAGCUGUUCAAGGACGGCAACAAACAGAUGAAACUUCACGGACGUCAGACAGUUCUUGUCCAUCAUCAGACAGGCAUUGCUGCCAUUACGGUGACAGCUCUGGGUUACCAGGAUUCACAUCUUGCAGCAGCUAAUGUUCCCAGUCCAUAUGACCCCCUGACCCCUGUCUCAGCCAAUUUGGAGCUUCUGUUGGUUGAAGAUGUGAAAGUUUCUCCCGAAGCAGUGACCAUAUAUAACCACCCAGAUGUGCGGGCGAAUCUGGGCCUGCGAGAGGGUUCGGGACACUUUUUUGUCAAUACCAGUGUCAAUGGAAUGGUGGAUGUGGUAUUCCAAGAAACCCAAGGAGCAGCUCAGGUCUCUCCCGUUCACCCAGGAGUGGUGAAGGUGAUGGUUCAUGACCUUUGUCUGGCUUUUCCAGCACCUGCCAAAGCCACAGUACAUGUGUCCGACAUCCUGGAGGUUUAUGUGAGAGUGGUUGACAAGGUGGAGAUUGGCCAAUCUGUGCGAGCUUAUGUCCGAGUCUUGGACGAUAACAGGAAGCCCUUCCCAGCCAGCUAUUUCCAUUUCAUGAAUCUCAAACUCAGGGCAGCUUCUGCAAUAGUCUCUUUAAAACACUUAGCAGAGUCCGCAGAGAACGAUACAGCUGUUUUCCUGGUAAAAGGUGUCUUGAUUGGUCAGACCACUCUGUCGGCCGUUGUCGUGGAUAAAAAUGGGAGAAAAAUUGCUUCCCCACCUCAGCAAAUUGAGGUGUUCCCACCUUUCAAACUCAUCCCAAGGAAAAUUACUCUUUUAAUUGGAGCGAUGAUGCAGAUCACAUCUGAGGGUGGCCCUCAGCCUCAGUCCAAUAUCCUAUUCUCCAUUUCCGAUGAAGAGAUAGCUUCUGUCAAUGGCAUUGGCCACGUCAGGGGUGUUGCCAUUGGUAAUGUAACUGUGACUGGACUGGUCCAAGCUGUUGAUGCUGAAACUGGGAAGCUAGUUGUAGUGUCUCAGGAUCAAGUAGAAGUCGAGGUUGUGGUCUUGACAGCCAUUCGAAUCAGAACACCCAUCACAAGAAUGAAGACAGGAGCACAGAUGCCUGUAUAUGUGAUGGGCCUGACCAAUAGUCAGACACCCUUCUCCUUUGGAAAUGCUCUACCAGGGCUAACGUUCCACUGGUCCACCACCAAGAGAGACAUCCUGGAUGUGCAGUCAAGGCACAUUGAGGCUAACGUGGAGCUCCAGCCAGAGCACAACUUUGGCAUGAGGGUGACUGGAAGAACGAGAGGGCGGACAGGGCUGAAGGUGGUGCUCAGAGUUACUGACCCAGAGGCUGGGCAGUUAGUGGGGAACCUUCAGGAGCUCAGAGAUGAGAUCCAGAUCCAGGUUUAUGACAAGCUGCACAUGCUUAACCCUGAAGUCGAGGCUGGGGAAUUACUGAUGGCUCCAAACUCAGCUCUCAAACUCCAAACGAACAGGGAUGGUGUGGGUGCCCUCUCUUAUCGGAUGCUGAAUUGCCCUGACCAGGUUGUCACUGCUCAAGUGGAUGAUAAGGGCUUUCUCUUCUCUGGCUCUCUCACUGGCAUCUCCUCUCUGCUGGUCACCUCUCAAGAAACCUUUGGUGUCAAUCAAACUCUCAUCCUUGCCGUGAAGGUGGUGCCUGUGUCCUAUGUGCGCUUCAGUACCAGUCCAGUGCUGUACACUCACACCAGAGAGAGUCUGAAAGCCUUUCCACUGGGCAUAGCACUAACCUUCACUGUCCACUUCCAUGCCAGCACUGGAGAGGCCCUACAAAGCUCCAGCUCUCACCUGACGUUUUCCACGAACAGAGAUGACCUGGUGCAGGUAGGGGUCGGGCCGAGUAACCACACUCUGACAUUGCGGACGAUCAAUGUGGGCCUCACCCUUCUUGCAGUGUGGGACAGUGAAAACAUGGGGGUCGCAGACUUCAUUCCACUUGCUGUCGAGCAUGCGAUUCAUCCACACGAGGCCCAAAUACUGGUGGUGGGAGAUGUCGUCUGCUUCACUGCCCAAUUAACCAGCCCAGAUGGUGCUCAUGGCACCUGGAGCUCCUCAGCUAACAGCAUUCUGCAGGUGGAUCCCAGAAGUGGUGCGGCUGUAGCCAGGGACUCUGGGACGGUCACUGUGUACUAUGAAAUACCUGGUGUUUUGAAAACCUACAGAGAGGUAAUAGUGGAAGCAGCUACAAGAACAGCAGCUAUCGCUCAGCCUGCACCCGUCAGGAACGGCCAGGAGACCAAGGUCUUACUCACCACCAGAGAGGGAGGAACCAACCUCAUCGGAACCUGUUCUUCUGCCCAGACUGAAGCUAUUUCUCAACUGCAGCCAGAAACCUUGGUCAGCUGCCACCUCAGCUUCACCAGCGAUGCCUUUGACUUCCCUGCUAAUGAUGUCUUCAAAACACACAUUAGUUUUGACCCUAGCAUCGGCCUCUACACCUGUUCCAUGACCUUGCAGCCGAUGUCUGACCAACGGACCCGUGUGCUCAGCAUGUCCAUGACCAACCUGCUGGUGAAAGCGGGCCUGGAGGGCAGUGCUUUCUCUGGGGAACAAGUCAGUGCCAGGCUGCCCAUAGAGCCCGGUUUCUUCUCCGACCAGACAGAGCUGCUGCUCUCAAACCUGCAUCCAUCAGCUGAGCUCACAGUCUACGGCCCCACUGCCACCCUGUCCAACAUGGAGGUGGUGUCCACUUCUCCCAACAUUGCUGUCCAAGAGAAGGAGGCACACCACGGCUUUCCCAGUUUCUCAAAGUUCACCGUCAGCGCCGUGGACCCUCAGGCUGCAGUUUCCGCUUCCAUUUCCAUAAGCAGUACUUCCUCUGGCCAGAGUCUCCUGAUCCCGGUCACUUUGAUUCAUGUGUCUGAUCCCAGUGCUAUAAUGCAAGCAGCUGCCGCUCCAGUUGUUACCAUGGAGGGGGACCUCUCCCUGCACAGCUUCAUAAACUCCUACCAGAUGAUGUUCUUCACCCUGUUUGCCCUCCUGGCCGGUACAGCCAUCAUCAUCAUCGUCCUCCACACCGUGUUCUCUCCAAAGGAACAAACUUAUCACCCGGCUUUCAUCCAGAGGACACCACCACCACCCAUCUCAGGUUACAACUCUCCAGUAGUGAAUUCAUUCAACCACACAAUAAACAGGACUGACCCAAACAGCAGCCCCAGGUCGCGGCUCUAUUCUCCAGACUACAAGUCCUGAUGAAGCCCUUUGUCCGGUCUCUAUUCUUCAAAAGUAGAACACCACAGGCCGUUAAUGCAUUUUGAAUGUUCCUCCGUCGCCCCGGACGAAUGCUGUGGGAUGCGACCGCAAAAAUCUCAGCUCCAUUGUCAUCGUGUUUGUAGAGAUUCUUUUCUUUAAUUCAUUUAAUUUUUCAGAAUAGAAGAUCAAUGAAGAGCUGCAAGACGAUAACAGGGCUAUAUUAUUUGUGUGUGGUUCUUAUGUUUAUAUGUCUUUUGUGGUUUGCUGUGGAAAAAGGUUUUUAUACAAAACCACUUUGUUACAGACUGAUAUCUUUCGAAGAACGUUGGGAAAACCAAAUCACUAGUUUGUGCUUAAAAUGCUUUUUUGUUUGUUUGUUUGAUAUUCACGUGUGUGCUAAGUGUAACUUAAUAACUCAGGAUGUAAAACAGUCUUGUUUGACAGAGCACACAACUUGAAAAUGUUUUAGUUUUUUUUCUUUUGAGCAUAAACCAUCCUUUGUUUUGUUGCAGCUUACACACUUAGUGAAAAUAUUGUCCACUGAUACAAUACCAUCCUCCUCAUACAUGAUGAACCCUUCUAAUGUGCAAGAUCCUGCCUGGAAAAUGGUUGGUUCAUUUCUGUUUUGGGCAUUUUUUGUGGAAUCAAACUUCUGUGAUUAUUUAACGAUACUGAGUUUUUGACAUGCAGCUCCUUGUCUAAUACAUUAAUGUGAAACAGUUUAGAAAUGUGAGCCAUCCUUCAGUUUUUAUCCCAGUGUUGCUUCAUUGCAAGAGCAAUCACAAUGUGACGUGGUUUAUGAUUCUUGUUCUGUUUGUUCUUACCUGCCCAAGUUUCCAGAGAGAGAUAAUUGUAGCACUGAAUUUCUGUUACAUAACAGUGUGACUAAGUUUUAAAUGAGACAUUUUUCUAUUUGAAAAAGUGUUGACGAUGUCAGGUAUUUAUGUUAAAUAGUCAAAUUCAGUUUUACUGACAGGAGGCUGUGUUACGAUGAGUGGAUCAGUGUUUUUUGUGUUUAAUAUUCGUUGUCAUGCCUUACAAUCAUAUCUGAAAAGCUUUCAGCACAUAAUACAAACACAAGGUUUGUCUGCUUGUGUGUAUAUGCUCUUGCCUUUGCUAAUUAAAGUUUUUACUUUUUAUGGUCA